UAUUCACCUCUUCACGCGCCGUCGCGAGUGCUCGCCUCGACGUCGUUUCUCGCCGCGUACGGAUUCAGCUCGAAUGCUUCUGUGUCGGAAGUUGUCUUGUGAGUGGUCGCACGCUGCGCUGCGGGCAGGUGUGCCCGCUGUGCUCGAAGGGCAGUUGACUGUUGCGUGUCGAUGACCGAAGGGCUAGCGAGUGUGACACUGGGGAGUCGGCGUUCGCCACGCGAGCUUUGUUGGAGGGAGAAAAGAAGAGCAAAGCGGGCUGGACAAUGUGCAUAACUAUUUUGACCUACCUCAUUGUCGGCGGCGUACACGUGGAUGGUGUUCCAUUCGAGCAGGUCAGAGGUGAGGACAUCUGCGAAUCUGUGGGAAGCUCGUUUUGCAACGGCUCCGAAUGCCUGGCAAAAGAGGUCGUCAUAAGAGAACGGGUAAAGAGCACCUUUACCUGUAAAUGCGACAACGGGAAGUAUUUCAACGCCGCCGCUCUGCGGUGCUUUCAUGUGUCUUCUUGCUUGGUACACUCGUGCGAGCGUUCAACAUGUCUCGACGAUGACGGUUCCAGCGAAGCUUGGUGCGAAUAUGAAAACGGCACUCACAUUCAAGCAGACCCGACGCUUGCAAAAGAUUGCACUGACAGCGGCGGUCAACUAGAACAAAGCAAUAGUGAGAUCAGCUUCAACUGCAUAUGCCCUCACGGAGCACAACUUGUGAAUGGAUCUUGUCACCCGAACAGAAACUGCACCCAGGAAGAAAUGAAUGAGUGCGCAGAAAGAGGGCGUCAAUGCGUUCUACUAGAUGCAGAAGCGCUGUGCACGUGUCCAGAAAGCGCAGUCGAGCUUGCAGACCGGUGCUCUGAAAAAUGCUCACCCGAAAAAGACCGUGAGUGCAGCACACCGCUCAGUUGGUGCACGGUGCAGAGUGGAAAGGAGACGUGCGUGUGCCUUCCUCUACUCCAAUGGAACUCUAGUCUCGGUCACUGCGUACCAGAGGCGGCAUUCAAACUCACUGUAAACUUCGAAGUGCAGCCAGAAGAACCCCAACACAACGAAACGUUGGAACAUUGCAACGACACAACAUGGGAGGCAAAUGUCCUCGACGCUAUGAAGAUUUUGUAUGGAAAUUCGAUAGCGAAAGUUGCAGUGCUGGAAUGCGGGACGAGUGUGACCAUGGAGCUCACAUUUUCGGAAAAGCCGAAUCCAGCGGUGCUUCUAAGGAUUCACCUUUGCGAAAUAAGAGGCGGAAGCACCGGAUGUAUUUUCCAGCCUAAAUUACGUAUCGUAAAAGGAAGCGUUUCAGAUCCAGUUCCUGUUGACCUAUGUGCCACAUACUUCCGAGACGUCCACAACAUCACGGGUGGUUCCUUUUACUGCACUGACGAAGGAAACGGACGCUAUACGCUUCGCUGUGCUGGGGGAAACGUCACAAACAGAAUUGUCCAGGGCAAACUCGAAGUUCAGCAAUGCCAAGGCACGCAAGUUGCUCAAGAAGGUGCAACUGCAGCAUCGAAUUACAAAGCUGCCCUUGUUUGGAGUUUGGUAUCCAUUGCUGUCUUCACAAUAUUGUUCAUCGUGCUCGUCUUCAGGAAGCGCAUUUAUUACUACAGGGUUCUCCCGGAAGAUAUGGAAUGUAGCACUGUGAAGUUUCAAGGCAAGUGCCCUGAAUGUUUCAACGAGCUUACAAGCGCCCAAAGUAACGCACAGCGAGUCUCACAACAGACAUCGGAGGACCAAGAGGCCACCGCUAACCUUGUAACGCCAAAGGGCAGCGCAAAUAGUGUGGCAAAGCAAGGUGCAGAGAAUGAAGACGUCGCAGCGACUACGUGACGCCAGUCCAGCAUAGGGAUGAGACUUUCUUCACUGUGAUCGAGGUUUAGAACGUUUGGUUGCGAUGUUGAAAGAUGCGGCUGCCAUUGUUGUCAAUUCAUGAUCGCGAUCUGUAAUUUGCGUUGCUCUAGUGAAUUGCUCAGUGGUUGAUUUAUACUGCCGGAGGAAAAUGAUGAUGGCGUGGCUGGGUGAAAAAAAAACGCGAUCGACACUAUCUUUAAAUUCUGCGCUGAAGUGCACACGGACAAACGAAAAUUGAAUAGAAUUCUAUCUUUAAACCCUCGAAUAUGUGUGCCAAUGCCAGCUAAAAUUCACGAUCUUGUGGUCACCUUUAAUCCUCCCUCUCCUCUGCUCCAUAGGCGGUUUAAUGUUGAUUGAGGUCGCCUCGUUUAUGUCUCCUUCGAGUGCGUGGACAGGAACAUUUCGAUCAGCACCGCGUUCAUCUCCUUCGAGUGCGUGGACAGGAACAUUUCGAUCAGCACCGCGUUCACACCAUAGCUGGGCGAGACUUCGCGAGAACGUUUUCAGAACACUCCAAAGCGCUUAAUUUCGUCCUCUCGAAAACGCCAUCCGACGCCCUUCACGCACAAUCCUGGCUCCGUGUUUCUCUCCCUGACGUCCUUUCAUUCAACGCGAGCAUGCUGUAUCGCAGUCUGAAGAAGUUUACGCGUUCCUGGAUCACGAGAGAGGGGGAGGGGGGAGGCACCGAGCUCACUCCACUUAAGAGUAGUCCGAUAGUAUGCGACCAACCACGUGUACUAACUUCAGCAGUCAACCUCGUGGUCUCAUUCUGGCGCCUGGUGCCCACCUGGAAAUGUACCGGCUCCAUCCGCACCAGACAACCCGAGUAAUGUCGCCAGUGGCAGCUCUGCUUUUUUGUCAGUCAUCACCCUCUGCCAUACGUGCUGCGCCUCCACAGUAGAGCUCACGCAACACGAACGUUUACCUAUUCAUGCUUCCAUAUUAUUGCCUGAAUGAGUCACAACGUCUUACAACCGUCGUUUUCUAACAAGUGUCUUCGUUUCUUCUGUGCCUUUAGGCUGGUAUGCGUACUUCUGGCGUGUUUCUUUUUUUUUGUCUUUCCCUCAUAGGGUGUAUGAUGUUUUUUCUCGUUGUCUUUUUCUCUUCCGUAAUGUGAAACCUGUUUUAGAAGUCCUCUCAAAGGCACGGACAUUAAGACUCAUCUUUAUUAUGAGUUUGAUAUUUUGAACUUACUUGAACUGUGAUUCUAAUUGUGAUUCCGCACGUGUAUACAUUGGAAAGACGAGCCUGCUGCAGUGACACUAUUUUUCUUCCUGCGUGCGAUAUUCCCCUACACUUCGUUUCGUACGUCGCAGUCAGCGCUUCGGAAGCUAUGGAGAUAAGGAGAUAAGACAGUCGCAGCAAAAAAGAAUAUGUUGGAUUCGAAAGUAAGUGAUGGAACAAGGAAAUCAAACAAGGUAUAUAUAGAAAUGCGUAAGCAGGCAUCAAGAGAUCAUCCAGGAGCCAAUAAGCUAGCAUUACACGAAGAAGAGGUGCUUCUAGAUGGAGCAGAUGCAGAGAAAGGAAAAGGGUGUCAAGUGAUCUCUUGCAGCAAAUAAUGCACAAAUGAACGUUGGGUGCAUAACAUUCCCAAAGGAGACAAAGGCGCGCCCAAAAGAUUCUGGAACCAUGUAAGAGCACUCGGAGCUCCAACUAAAAAUUCGCAAACGGCUAUAAGGAAUGAAGAUGGUAACAUCUUCGAAGGAGACGAUGCGAUAUGGUACAUCGGAGGAGUUAUUAAGGGUAGCUUCGGCAACAAAGAAAGCGUAGUUCAGAUCCAAACAGAUCUAGCAGCAAAAGAGAAGCCCGAGAUAUCAAAAGUUAGCAUAGAAAUUGUUUACUUAGAAAAAAGCUGAAGAAAAUGUCCCUAAUAACACCACCGCAGAACCCGAUGAAAUCCCAAUGCAGCUAAGAAAAGACCUCCGUCCAAACAGCAAGGCACUGCUGACUAAUGCCAUUGAGCAACUGAUUAAAACAAAUAAAAUGCCGGUUCGAUGGCGUGAAAGCAAGAUGGCGAGUUGAAAGUAAGAUUGGAAGCAACAGGCCUGUUACAACAACGUCGUUGAUGUAUAGAAUGGCAAUGCAAGCCAUAAAAUUAGGACUGCCGAAGAGGGUGAAAAAAAAUUAUGUGCUGGGGAACAACAAAAUAGGUUCAGACCAGGCAGACGCUCGGAGGCUAAGACGUUUGUACUAACUCAGUGCAUAGAGAUUCGAGUAGCUGAGAAUACACCUUUAUGGAUAACAUUUGCGGAUAUUAAAGAAGCCUACAACAACAUAGACAGGGAAUUGUUAUGGUAUAUUCUCAAGCACGAAGGCAUAGAUGCCGAUUUCGUGGAGCUGCUGAAGGAGAUAUACGCAGGCAACAGAGUAUAAAUUGUAUGGGAAGGCCGAAAAUGUAAUGAAGUAGUGGAAAUUCAUCAAGAACUGAAGUAAGAUGUCCUCUGUCUCCACUGUUAUUCACGCUUCGUGUUAAGGACAUAGAAGGACGAGUGAAAAACAGUGAAUUUUGGUUUCAUUUGUCAUGCAUGCGUAAUAGACAAGUGGUGCAACAGGAGGUGCCUGGACUGAUGUAUGCAGACAACACAGUGCUAUCAGCGGGCAAUGCAAGACAUUUACAGAGAAUUGCGCAUAUGCGUGCAAAGCAGCAACAAACCUAGGCCUUAAGUUUAUCAUGGAGAAAUCCGAAUUAUGAACUUUAUUGAGGAGACGAGUAAUUACAUGGUGUCAGUUCAACAGCUAGUCAUACCCAUAGUCAAGCUAGAUACAUACGUCGGCGUAUACAUAGACAAAAGAAAGGGUUACUCAAGCACCCAGCAAGAUAACCUGAAAGUAAAAGGGAAGCGGAAUGGCAGCAAUAAUGAAUCCUAGGGCACUUCUUGGGGCCACGAUAAGUACGAGGUUGCGCGUGGAAUCUGGAAAGGCGUGAUGGUGCCAUCGCUGCCGUUCGCAAAUUCCGUUCUGUACCUAAAAUCGGAUAUGUUGUCGGGGCUGGAAGUUAACCAAAGAUUUGUAGGCCGGUUGUCUUUGGGAGCCCACAGCAAAACCACAAAGGAGUCAGUGCAAGGGGACAUGGGUGGGAGCUCCUUUGAAGACAGAGAAGCGCACAGCAAAAUUAGUUGUGAAGAAAGAGUCAGGAACACGGAUCAAAAUAAAUGGCCGGCUAAAUUACACAAGUACCUGUACCUGAAAAGCGUGGACACAGAGUGGAGGAAGAAGUCAAGAACGUUGGUAACCAAGUACAGGGUAAUUGAAAGUGUAAAUAGACAACCAGGAGUCAUCAGAAAGAAAGUGAGAGAAAUAGACACCGUGAAUUGUUUGCAAAUAGUGGAAACAAGAAAGACCUGGACAUUUACAAGAAUGAGAAAUAAGUUACAAGGGAAAAUCUGUACAGUAACACGAAGGGAAGGGCCUUGCUAUAUGAGGCUCGAGAUGGUUGCCUAAGGACAACAACAUAUUAGAGAAAAUAUUGGCAACUAGAUGAAGCAUGUGUAUGCUGCAGCAAACGUUACAGUGUCUCUUAAGAUCUCUCUUAAGAGUUGAACGGCGAAAGCCUACGCUUUCUCCUCUCAUCAUUCGCUCCUUUCUAUUUGCUUUCUCUUCUUUCUUUUAGUCAUUACUGCACACUACUAAGCAUGUUUGGUCAUUUUUAGUCAUCUGUAAUCGAUUGUGGUCAUUACAAGCCGUCGUUAGACAGGUUGGUCAUAUCAUAGUCAUCAGUAGUCAUUACAAGUGAUCAGUAGUCAUUAUUAACCUCUACCAAUCUCUAUUAUAACGCUAUCAUUCACUGUCACUAUGAAUAAUUUUUCAUUCUUUAAUCUGUCUUUAAUCUGUCUUCGUAUGGCGUGAUGACGCUUCGGCGGGCACUCCGCCGGUCAGGUCUGCUGACACAAACUUCACCAUGACCCUAGAAAGGCUUUCGCCUUAAAAAUCCGUCAACUAUUCAACAUACAAUCUUAUUGGAAUGCGAAGGGAUCGACUCAGUGAGACCCGUAGGUAUCGAACAUCUUCCAGAAGCGCUUGAAUUUAAAGUGGACGUAAGCAUCAACCGGUCAGCAGUUGAAAUAAGGAAGAGACGUUUAGACUAUUGGUGGGAAAAAUGGCAGUCACUUAAUUAUCCUUAAUUGACUUGAAUGCGAAAGCCCUAGGACUUGUCUAAAUUAUCACCUUAAGUUAAAACUCCACCCUCAUCCACCUUGAUUCACUUUAUCCCAUCUUCAAUUUCGGGAGUGUGCCAGGUCGGUCUUUUUGGUGUGGGCCACGGUGUCCUGACGCCGUGGUUGUUCACCGUGAAAUAUCACUUAGCGAGCCGCAGCAGGUCCAGCGCCGGGAACUUGGCGUCAUCACUUGGUCACGUGGGUUUUGGUACCAUCAGAUGAUAGCAACGGACGCCGUAUUUUCUGCUUCAUGUGGCAUAUAUAGCGUUGCGCGUUUAAAAGCAAUGCAGAGAUUAAUACGACCGGAUACGGUACAAGCACAGGUAGCGGUUAAAUGUUGAUAGAGAAGUCUUGAGGAAGUGAAAAAGUAUUCAAGAGAUUUACAGAAAAAUGCUAGAGUGAAGAGCAUGUAUAGCAUACCUGAGUAACGCAAGCAGGCUAGGUGACUUUGUCACCGCCUCGUCUCAAAGGGGUGCGCAUAAAUCAUCACCAUGAAGUAGUGCAGCCAUAGAUGUCUCACUCCGCCCAUUUCGCAGUGGACUUCAUGUAUUCUUCAUGACGCCUUCAAUGAAUUAUGUAUGUCAUAUUUUGCAAGGUAAAGGCAGGAGCCUUAAUUUUACACCUAAUUACAAGAGCACGUAACUAAUUUAUUUAAUUCAUAUGUCACUCAGUAAUCAUUAGUAGCGGUUGCGCACAGUGAGAGAAGUCUCUCUAUCUCUAGCCUUCGUAGUCCUGCCUGCUAUGUACGAAACGGAGUAUAGACUAUCAUAAAGAACCGUGACAAGCCCAUCUUAUCACACUGGUUGUCUAAUUCAUGAUAGCUAGAGGAAGCCAGUCAGUUGAGGUAGUUGUUCCCUUUUUCGCAAAGAUACCUUAAGAGAGGAUGCCACAGGCAUUGUUUAGUCAUGUUGUCCAAAAUGAAACAUUCCAGCUAGUCAUUGUUUUGGCACGCCGCACUAGUGUCAUUUACCCUGUCCUUGUCAACGCUGGACGAACGCUAGAUAUUUUCUUUGCAUGUCAGCUGUAUACUGCAAAAUUUUCCACUGAUAUAAAUAUUCUUGUAAAAUCUCUUCAAUUUCAUCAAAAAUAUUUCUUAUACACCGGAAAUAUCGAUUCGGAAUUUACUGAGAAUGACAUACAUGAACACUUCGUAAGCAAAAUGUUCAUUUUUUUUCCUUACCGUAUGGUAUUCUUCCCCGUCGAAUAAAAAAAACAUUCCAUAUGGGCCAAGCAAGCAGGCGAUUGAUUUCAAGAAGCAAAAGGUGUAAUGGGCCGUCAUUUCAGUAAUCGCGAUUUUCUUCACAUGGGUAAUUUUUCGUGUUCUGCAUUUUGGGGUGAGAAAUAAACAUUAUUAUUAGUAGUAGUACUAUUAUUAUUAUUAUUAUUAUUAUUAUUAUUAAUAUUAUUAUUAAUAUUAGUAUUAUUAUUAUUAUUAUUAUUAUUAUUAUUAUUAUUAUUAUUAUUAUUAUUAUUAUUAUUAUUAUUAUUAUUAUUAUUAUUAUUAUUAUUAUUUAGUCAGUAUGCUGACAAUACGGUAAUAUUAACAUAGCAUAUAAAUUAUGAAAAGACUGUGGGCGCCCUGCAAAAUACAAUACAUAAUGUAAUGCAAUCGUUUGCACAAGAUUGUGUUAAUGUAACUAUCAGGAAGACACAGUUCAUAUGUUUUACAAAUCCCUUAAAGACCAUAGCAAUAAACAUUCCAGUAUUCUUGUAUGACCAGCACUGCGUUUCAUGUACAUGUACCCCUGUUCAGUAUGUAGACUGUGUGAGAUAUCUAGGUUUAUUUAUUGAUAGCAGCAUGUCCUGACAGCAUCAUCAGGCCUAGCUGUAUGGCAAACUUAGGAGUGUCGCUUGUUUGCUUUUGAAUAUAAAUGGUUUUACGCCAUUAUCGCUAAAGAAAACCAAAGUGCAUGUCCUCGCGUACAGCAUAUUACGAUACGGAAUCACCGUAUUCGCUUUCUGCGCAUUGCGAUGGCAAACGCAAAUUGACAGUUUAUCAAAAAAUAUAUUGAAAAGUGUUGCCUAUGGCUGUGGCCAGGUGUCAGAUGACAAUUUAUUUUCAGCGUUAAGUUUUCCUUCAUUUCAGUCGUUAAUUAAGCAAACUGUUGUUCUUCUUCAUUUUUGGAGCGACCAAUUCAGAGAGAAAUAUGUAGUCCCUCGACUUUUGAGGAACAUCGAGCGUUUCAAUGUUCCUCGUUCAUCAGCUAGGUAUGGUGAGGCACGACGAUGUGUCUAUGUGCCAAAAAAUCUUUAAUGAUCUACUUGACGAAUUUUUCUCGGUUCAGUCAAAAAAUGUUUUAAAGAAAAUGUCAUCUGCCAUUCGAGUUUUCCGUUUUGUGUGGGUUAUGUGUUUAUUUGAUGUAAUUUGGUUGACUUAACCUUUAUAUUUAUAUGAGCAUGAAAAUAUGCUCACUACGUCGGCAUGUCAUUAAAUUUGGUUUUUGUUGUUAUAAGCCUUAAAAACUUUUCACUACGUUGGAAUAACAUGCAUUUGAUGUUUGUUCUAUAUAAGCGUGAAUGUAUGUUCAGGCUACAUUGGAAUAAAAUUUUUUGUUUGCACAAUGUUUUGUUGACACUAAGGUAACGCCUGUAUGUACAUGUACAUACGCUGACCUCAUCGCUGUUGCCGGCGCUGCCGGGCCUAGUCACACAAGCCAUUGAUGCUUCGACAGGCCCGCCUACUAUGUAUUUGUUCUUCUGGUCCAUAAAUAAAAAAAUUAUUAUUAUUA